CAGCAGAGUCUCAUCGGACAGACCUCUGCACCCGGAAACGCUUUCAAAGCUGCUGAGCAUGUGUUUACCACACUGAAAUGAAUUAUCUUCAACUACAUACAUAAUAAAAACCUCACCAACAUGUCGUCAAAAAGUCGGGAUAACGACGAUAACUGUGAGGGACAGUCUGCGGUGAAGGAGGAGCUGAACAGAAAGAUCAAGGAGCAGAAGGUGGUCGUGGACGAGCUCUCCAAUCUGAAGAAAAACAGGAAAGUCUACAUCCAACAGAGGAACAGUAACAUUUUUUUCCUAGCAGAUAGAAGUCACACACUGGGGGCAUGCAAACAGGAACUGGAUGACAUGAAAAAGGAUCUGCAGGAUAUAUAAGACUAACCACCACAAUGUGCGGUAUCUUCUGUCUGUUGAGUCUGUCCCCGACUCAGUUUGAGUGGGACAAGACAGUUUAUGAACAUUUAAAGAGAAGAGGGCCCAACUUGAGCCAGAAUCUCACAGUUAGAAGCACAAAGCCCUGCUAUCAGUGUGUAUUCUCUGCCCACGUUCUUCACCUGAGAGGCCUUCUCACCCCGCAGCCAGUUGAAG